GUGACAUUGGGAGGCCGAUAAGGCUGAUCCCCAAGGACCUGGGCUGUAUAUAAGCAGCAGCUCCCGUGGACUGCGGUACACUUUCCACCCAUCUACCCUUCUCCGGAGAUCGGGACCGACGCGAACCAUGAAGUGGCUGCUGCUGCUCAGCUUGGUGGCACUCUCUGAGUGUACCAUCAUCAAGGUUCCCCUCACCAAGAAGAAGACCUUGAGGGAGAACCUGAUCGAGCACGGCCUCCUGGAUGACUUCCUGAAGAAGUACAGCUUCAACCCAGCCAACAAGUACUUCCACGAUGAGUCCGCCACCUUGAUAGCCGCCCAGCCCCUGGAAAACUACAUGGAUAUGGAGUACUUCGGCACCAUCGGCAUCGGCACCCCCCCUCAGCAGUUCACCGUCAUCUUCGACACCGGCUCCUCCAACCUGUGGGUGCCUUCUGUCUACUGCAAGAGUCCUGCCUGCACCAACCACAAGCGCUUCAACCCUCAGGAGUCCUCCACCUACCAGGCCACCAACAACCCAGUCUCCAUCGCCUAUGGCACCGGCAGCAUGACAGGCAUCCUGGGAUACGACACCGUCCAGGUCGGAGGCGUCUCAGACACCAACCAGAUCUUCGGCCUGAGUGAGACUGAGCCCGGCUCCUUCCUGUACUACGCUCCCUUCGAUGGCAUCCUGGGCCUGGCCUACCCCCAGAUCUCCGCCUCCGGGGCCACACCCGUCUUUGACAACAUGUGGAAUGAGGGGCUUGUUUCUCAGGAUCUCUUCUCAGUCUACCUGAGUGGCAAUGACCAGAGUGGCAGCGUGGUGAUGUUCGGUGGCAUUGAUUCUUCUUACUACACUGGAAAUCUGAACUGGAUCCCUGUUUCUGUCGAGGGUUAUUGGCAGAUCUCCGUGGACAGCAUCACCAUGAACGGACAGUCCAUCGCUUGUAACGGGGGCUGCCAGGCCAUCGUGGACACAGGCACCUCUCUGCUGACCGGCCCAAGCAACGCCAUUGCCAACAUCCAGAGCGACAUUGGAGCCAGCCAGAACUCAUACGGCCAGAUGGGGAUCAGCUGCUCAGCCAUCAGCAACCUGCCGGACAUCGUCUUCACCAUCAACGGCAAUGAGUACCCACUGCCUCCCAGUGCCUACAUCCUGCAGAGCCAGCAGGGCUGUAUCAGCGGCCUCCAGGGCAUGAACCUCCCCACCGCCUCCGGAGAGCUCUGGAUCCUGGGUGACGUCUUCAUCCGCCAGUACUUUGCCGUCUUCGACAGGGCAAACAACCAGGUCGGCCUGGCCCCCGUGGCCUAAGCCUGCGUCUUUCCCGCCACGUCCCCAGGAAGAUCCCGCCUUAGUUGUCCACUCUAGAUGUAUAUAAUUCUCCUGAUUGUUCUUCCUAUGGGAUCGUGGAGGCGGAAUCUUGGCCCUGUUCCCUAUCAUACCAAUAACGUAGAAUAAAAACCCAACCUCCUGA